AUGGUCAUCACGAUGUUCAUUCCCGCCGUUCUGUUCAAGUUCAUCGAAAAUAGAACUUUCCUCGAUGCUUUCUAUUUUGUCGUUAUCUCGCUAACAACUGUUGGUUUUGGAGACAUAACUCCGUCUUUCAAAGAUUCCUUGAUCUUCGUAAUCUACAGAUUCAUGGUGCUUAUGUGGAUCUUCUUUGGACUCGCUUAUAUUGGUGGCUUAGCCCCGCUUAUCAACGAAAUCUUCAAUAACUACAUUUACGCUGAGCUUUACAUGAAGAUCAAACGGCGUUUUUCGGAGAAAUGGAUGCAGCAAUCGCAUGAAGCCGCGAAAAUCAGCGAAUUAGUUCAAAAAGUUCACGUCCAAGAAAUUCUCACUGAGUUUGAAGAUGAGCUAAAUGCUUACAGUGUGAACCGACAAAAACGAAGAGUUGGCGAAGGGUCGGUCAAUCCACUUGGUGGUAGCCAGGUGACAUUGAUCAGUGAUGACGAUAACUUAGAUGUCGGUGUUUUCACUAUUUUCAAAGUUUGGGCUCUCGGUGCUGCUGUCAUAACGGUGAUUAAGCUCGUUCUCUGGACGCCAAACUCGAUGCCUUUGAAGAUAGCCACAAAUACUGAGUACUCUCUGUUCGAGAACUCCUUCAUCAUCCGGAAGAUCCGCGGCCAAGAAAUUUACUCAGAAUACUCAAUAGAAACAAAAGAAGACGACAAAGCAGGGAAUAUUUCCGAGGAAACGUACACGAUAAAGGAUGUUCUGAAGAAUCUUAACUUUUACAUUUUGUUUCUUGGGCAUGCUGGCUUGACGAUGAGACGAGGAUCUUAUCUUGGCUGGCUCGGAAGUGGAUGGCCUGAAUGGGUUGCCGGCGACGAUGAUCCAGCUGGAUUCAAUGCUGCAAUCAACAAACGUCAGAGUCAAUUGGCCUUCAUUUUCUUGUUUUGCGGUCUUCUUCCUGGUAUGUACUGUGACUUGUGCCGGAAAUUCAUGAACAAAAAUGGCUCACAAAAAGGAGAUGCAUUUGGUCUUGGAACAUCUUUCAUCACCAGUGCGAUCAUGCUAUCUGCCAGUAGUUUUCUUCAGGCGCAAAGAGAUAAGGACCUAGCGAUGGCGUCUUGCAUUCUCCACAAUAUUGGCCGAGCUUUCGGAGUCAUGUGGAACCCGGCAUAUUUUUAUCUUUUUCCACAAAAUGUUUAUGGUUUCGUUUUUGGCUCUAUUUCUGUUCUGAUCCAGCCGUUCACUUUGCUUUUGAUUCCCAUUUUAGACUUCAACCAAAGUUCGAAAAAAUUCAAAAAAGCAAAAUAA